AUGAAAAAAAAAACUAAUUUAUAUUCCAUAGAGUAUUUGAAUUCAAUUCAGUCUAAAAAAUAUGAAAUUCUACUUCAUAUUUUCUCUUAUUUGGGUUUAAGAAGUUUACUUCGUUGUGCAUGUGUAUCUCGUCAAUUCCGUUGUCUAGUUAAAGAUACACUGGCUAAUAUGACUAGUAUAGAUCUUCAAUCAUUUUGGCCAAUAUUAAAUGAUUCAACAUUAAUUAGUUUAGGUAAACGUCUUGGUCAAGUUAAUUUGACUGCAAGAGCAGUUGUUGAAUAUUAUACAACAGGUCAAUCGUUAGUUGCACCAAUCACUUUAUUACGUCGUCAAUGUAGAGAAGAAGAACAAGAAGAAGUGAAUAAUGAUGAAAUUGAAAAUCAAUAUGUAGCUAAUCAACAGCACAAUUUAAGUACACGUUUCAAUUACCGUACUAAAACACGUGUCCAUACACCAUUUGCUGCACGAGUACGUAGUUAUAGUUCGAAUGCUGCUGCACGUUUACGUAACCAUACUAGGUUAUUGGAUUCCAUUCCUUCCAAUAUACAAAAUAUAUUAGUGUAUAAUAAUAAAAAUUUUCUUGAAAAUGAAAAUGAUACUGUAAAUCAAAAUUUGAAUGUUAAAAUAUCCGAUAGUUCAGUAGAAGCAUUACAAGUACAAACAGAUGAAUUAAAUCAAGGUGAUUAUUUUGAAUUGCCAAAUUCUCAUUUACGACGUUUAGAUAUGUCGUGGUGUGGAAACUAUUCUAUGAUAUCACCAACAGCAUUUGGUCAUUUCCUCACUGAUGCUUGUCGUUAUUUAACUACAUUACGUUUGUCUAGUUGUAAAUUUCUUAAUGAUGACUGCUUGUUACAUAUUGUCAAUACUUGUCCAUAUAUAAAAGAACUUGAUUUAUCAUCAUGUCUUGGUAUUACAUCAUAUGGUUUCUUAACAUUGGGUCGAUUAAUUCACUUACAAUGGAUAUCACUAUAUCGAACACAUAUUACUGAUAAUGGUUUAGCGAUAUUAGCUGAAUUAUGUCAAUAUUUAAAGCAUGUGAAUCUUGGUUCAUGUAUAUAUGUUAAUGAUAUGGAUCAUAUAUUGCAUGAUUUGACAAGAAAUAAUCCAAAUUUACGUUCAUUAAACUUAUGGCGAUCCAACAGUUUGACUGCUACAGGACUAUCAUCUAUAUCAGAACAUUGUUUACAAUUAGAAGAAUUAGACAUCGGUUGGUGUCGUAAUGUAGUUCUAACACAAGAAUCAAAUUGUAUUGUACAAUUAACUAGUCGUGUUCGACAUUUAAAAAAAUUAUUCUUAACCGGAACAAAUCUUCUCAAUUCAGAAGAACUUCUGUUAAUUAGUCAAUAUUUAAAUGAAACUUUAGAACAAUUAGAUAUACAUGGUUCAACAAAUAUUACAAUAUCUGCUAUUGUUUCUAUGCUUAAUCAAUGUGAUAAAUUGAAAUUAUUAGAUGUAUCAUUUUGUUCAGAAAUUCAUUCAAUUCAUUUAAUUAAAUUAAGAUAUUUAUUUCCAUAUUGUACAAUUAUUGAUUCAAUACCAGAUAUGAAUGCAGAAAUAUUAGGUAAUCAAUUCCCUGAAAUGAUUAUUGAUGAAGUUGUUGAUGAUGACGAUGAUGAUGAUGACAAUAUUGUAGAAAAUCAAGAACCAUUAGUAGUAGCAUUACCUGCACCAAAUCCAUUACAACAAGAUAUUGUUGCUUAUCAUUAUUAGAUUCAGUGAGUUUGUUUGUUCAUAUGUGUGUGUGUGUGUGUGUGUGUGUAAAGAGUAACACUUUGUUCAACAAUGCAAAUGAAUCCAAUGUAUUCGAAUCGAUUUACUUUCCAUAUAUAAAAACAGUUUUAUUUUACUUUUUUGUUUAUGUUUUCUUUUUGUUUUUCUUUUGUUUAUAUUAUUUUAAUUUGUAUAUUUUAUUUUCAAAAUUCCACCGUUUUAUUUCGUUGUGCAUUUAUGUGUUGUGAAUGAAUAAAUUGAAAAGAGUAAAUAACCACUAUGUAAAUUGAUCAUUGUAUUGUUUGUAAUAUUAUAGAUUUUAGUUGUAGUUUUAGGACUUAUCUGCUUCAAUACCUAAACUAACGAUAGGGAGUGAAGUAAUCGAACGCGUUGAUAACUUCACUUAUCUUGGA